AUGGGAAAGAAAUAUUUAAUACCGUUAGAUGGUUCUGAUCACUCAAAAUAUUCUUUAUUAUGGGCUUUUGAAAAUUUGAUUAACCCAAAUAUCGAUUCUGUAUUAUUAUUGAGUGUAGGCGUAUUAUCCGCAGGCACUCCGUGUGAAUAUUCUGCUGUAACUCGAAAUAUAUUAAAUGGUGAUAAUGAAAUAGAUUUGGAGCGACAAAAGGCAGAAGAAAAAGCAAAGGAAAUAGUCAAUGAUGGUAAAUUAAUAGUCAAAAACUUACUUAAAACACAAGAGUUACCUAUUGAAUGUUUUGUUAGUUCUAAUUCUGAUCCCGGAAGAUAUAUAGUUAAUCUUUCAAGAGAACAAAAAAUUGAUGUAUUAGUAAUGGGCCAUAGAGGAACUUCUUCACCAGAUGCUACUAAUACGGGAACUGUAGCUCAACAUUGUAUGCAUUCUGCUGGAUGUACUGUUGUAAUAACAAGAAAAAAAUGA